UGGUCGCAGGAACGUCCCGGAGGAGCGUCUUCCGAUGGAAUCCACUGCAGCAUCGGUGAAGUAGUGGUUGCUGCGAUCGUCGAGGACCGGCUGUUGUGCUUCCCCCCCACCUUGCGGUGCGCGUUCCUUACCCUUUGCGACGUAAAGGUCCUACGGGAACCAUCCCCUACCGCUGACUACAGUCCCCCUGCCUCGCUCGUUUGCUCCCCUCUACGUUUGCCUCUCCUCUCUCUCUGUCUCUCUCGGCGCUAUCCGCUACAGUGUCGGGAGUCAUCGGCUGGCCCUGUAUCCUCAGUCUGUCAGUGACCGCGCAAGCGUGCGCAUCGUCCUCGUUUUCUGAAGCGUGCGUGUAUGUGCCUCCUGGUGGUGAUUGUGUGUCGUGUGCAACCCCUCGCGGGAGGGUAUUUUCAUCCCUCGAUCCCACGAAGACUCGGCGAAGAAAACGGCUCGGCGUGACUGGUUGUAAAUACUCGAGUCGAGUUCCCGGUGUUGAGAACGUGAAGGAGCCGAGACGUUGAGCGACGUCGCUGGCCGACGUUGACGAAUUUAGCGAGUUUCUUCUCUCUUUUUUUUUUUUUUUUUGAGUUCGACGGAGAGCGAAAGUCAAAGGAUUAUCGAUCAGGUGGAUUGGAGGAACACGAGUUCGGUUCCUUUCAGCGAGUGAAAAUUUUCUUCUUCUCCGACGAUUUGUCGAAUCUGCUGCCAGCGAAAAUUAGAGAAGGAGACUAGAGACUUUCGAUAGAUUCUCGGAAGAAAAAGAAGAAGAAGGAAGAGAGAAAUUUUUGGGCCCGCGUCGGAAGCGGAGGGUAUAACAGGUGCACGAGAGGGGGAGUAAUUCCACUCGCAACUUUCCACGGUGCUCGGUCGUAUUUCACAUGAACACGCGACGACCAAGUUUAAUUUAGGAUUCGCGGCGGAGUUUCGUGUGUACUUUGCCGUACGUAGACACCAUCCAUCGACGUCUCGUCGCCCCCGAUGCGAUCCCUUUGAAGUCCAUACCGGAAAGGAUCAUUUGUGCGAAGGUCGCCGAACCUUCGAAAUUCUCCGCUCUCCGUUCUCGAGGCUCGGGGAAAAUUUGUAGAACUUGAACAGAGCUUGGAGACAGCGACGAUCGGUGGGUGUGUGUGUGUGUGUGUGUGUGUGUGUGUGUGUGUGUGUGUGUGUGUGUGUGUGAAACGUUCGUGAUUGAAAAGAGUGGUCGAGCGUGUGUGUCAAAAUUUUGGACAAAGUUUCUUCGAAUAUUGAUAAUUGAAGAACGGUUUUUUGAUCGAAGAGAGACUUGUCUGAGUGAAAAGUUCGAGCACGUGUCUUCUGUUUCACGAGCAACAACUUUCCAAGGAAAUUUUCAUUUAUAUCGAGAAUUCGCGACGAGAAGAACAAGCAAAACAGCGGAGAAAUCGCGAGUGUGAAGAGCUCAAUAACGCGGCCGAUAUAUUUGAUUUUUAUUUACAUUUCGUUUUACCGAAAUUAUUAAUCGACCUACGAGAGUCGGAAAUUCGUGUAUCGGAAACUGAACGUCCGAGUGAACAAAAAGAAAGACAAGGAAGAUCGUCUGGAAAUAGAUGAAGAACAACUCUCUCGACCCUCGAAUUCAUCUAUAUUUAAAAGGACGAAGAAGAAAAUAGAAUCAAUGAAUGAGAAAUUUCUACGCUAAGAAAGAAAAGAGUGAGAUUGACGCGAGUGAAAGAAGAAAAUUCUUCUGAAAGCGGAAGACGUCUUCAUCGACAUAACGUGGGGGCCUUAUCGUCCGAAAGUUUCGCGAUAAAUGAUCAAUCUGGUGUUGCCGGUGGGCCAGGAAGUCAGCCGGCGCGAGUGCGUGUGAAUGUCGUGUGGUCGAUGACGAAGAAAAUUGAAAAUUGGCCUCAAUGUGCGAUCCCACGGCGUUGUUGGACCUAGUGCCGAGCGAGGGAUUACUCAAACGGCCGUCCAUGGACUAUAACGAGUACACGUAUUGCUACGGUGGUGGUCGAGGGUGUUUGUUGGACAAUUCGGCGCCGCGGGGCCCGCCCGAUGUGCCACCCCGUAAUCCUACAAUGAGUCGCGUCAACGGAAGAUUGCCAGGAAGUCACGCAGCCAGCGAUCACGAGCGUGAUCCCGACCUCCAGCCGUCCUGCCUCGUACGCACCUCAUCCGGCGGCUUCUACAGUAUACCAAAGAUACCGAAGAAUGAGUAUAACAACAAGAAUCAGUCCACGGGGAAUAGUCCAAUAAAAGUCGAGCUGCAGAACAACAUGGACAGGUAA